UUCUUUCCAUCUGUAUAUAUAUACAUACGUACCCCACUUCCAAAAUCUUCAUUUCCCCGUUACUCGGCAUUUUAUUCAAUGUCCCAACAACAGCCUCCAAUCCCCGACGAUGUUGACAUUGUUCGCGCAUUUGACCCUUCGAAAGAUGAACACAUGGUCAAGAUGCUGGUAGGCCAAGGAGUCAUGGAAGGCCUUGCUAGGGCAAAUAACAAGAUCAUCACCAGCCCUCUGGCCCUCUUAGUCGUAUUCCUUCUCGGAAUGGGUAUCAACCACAUCUCCUCAUUCUCUGUCAAUUCAAAUCCCUUGAGCUACAUCUCUCCCUUGAUUGGCCCAUGUCUCGCUUUUCUUCCCCUCAUGGGUAUCGUGGAGUACAUUCAUCGACCAUUAUUUACUGCGCGUAUGCGUAAAAUAAUAGGCGCAAUCGACAUGAUCAGGCCCUCAACAUAUUACGCGGAAGGAAAGAGUGGAAUCUGGGUCUUCCAGCAUAAAGGAGAGGUCGUAGGUGUGGUGUGCCUCGACGUCACAAAAAACGCUGGAAAGCAGCUUGGUAGCGUUUUGGGCGAAGAGGAAGGGCAAUUGAAUGAGAAGGAUGGCCAUGAUGUUUUUGCCUCGAGCAAAGAAGACGAAGAAAACAACAACGCACCUGAUCUGCGAAGACGUAUCGCUGGUAAAGAAACCAAGCCAGCCUCUCGAAUCGCCCACAUACGACACCUGGACGUCGAUCAGCCAUACCGCCGAAACGGAGUGGGUUCUGAACUUGUUCUCACAGCUCUCGACCAUGCGUUUUCCAUCUCAUCCGGUGAUCUUUCUCCCCCAGUCGACCGUGUGAUUGUCCGGACAAAUCCUCUGUCGCCUGAUGGGGGAAAGCUUUUCGCCAAAUGUGGCUUCAAACCCAUCACGCAAGCUGAAGUCGGUGCUGCAACAUGGGAAAAAAAUGAAAAGAUUGGUCUCCUUGGGUGGGCAGGAGAAUGUCUAAGUGUUGAUAGAGAUACAUGGAACAUCAAAAGAAGAGAGCUUUUAGAGCAAGCCCGUGUCAAAUAGGUGAUAAUAAGCUUUUGGGAUAUAGAUGUAUAUAGCAUAUAAUUAUAACUCAUACACUCAUGAUUACGUAUGC